GCCAGCCAUAGCUUCUGGGGGGCAGGGGCCCACCAUCCAUAUCCCCGUGAUCCAGACGACCCGCUGAUCCAGCCAACCGCCUCGCAUAAUUUCCGGCGCUUUGAUUGGGGCACGCACGCACAUGGUGGAGGAGAUUGGCUGCCAGAGACAGACGGGCAUUGUGGUCGCCAUGCCCAGCCAGGUGGCAACGAGCACCGGAACUCCAGCCCCAACCGCAGGCGGCAUUCACCAGCAGCAGCAGCAGCAACACCAGCAGCAGCAACAUCAGCAGCAGCAGCAGCAACAGCCGCACCAUCAGCAGCAGCAGCAACAGGCGCACCAUCAGCAGCAGCAACUCCACCAGCAGCAGCAACAGCCACACCACCAGCAGCAGCCGCAGCAGCACCAUCAACAGCAGCAGCAACUCCACCAGCACCAGCAGCACCAGCAGCUCGCCAGCAACAUGAGCCUGCUGACCGUGAAGGGCGGCCGCUACCUUUGGACCGAUCGGGAGCUCUUGAUGCACCUCCAGAACUACACUCCGCUGAUCCUGCUCAUCGAUUUCGUGGAGAAGACACGGACCAAGCGCUUCUACGAGAGCUCCGAGCGCUACGAGAUCCUCAUGCUGGUCUUCAUCAUGCGCAAGGGAGCGCCGUUCUGCGAGAACAAGCGCUUUCCGGCGGAGUACUGGGUGAAUCUGUCGGUGGGCCCCAUUGCCGAGGCCUUCGACCGACUGCAGGCGGCCAUCGACAUACCGGAUCCGCAGCUGCCCAUCCACAUGAGCGUCACGGAUUUGACCAGCUGGAAGCAGAUGUUCGACCUGGCCAUGCUGGACAUCAGGCGGUUUGCCUACUACACCGAUCCCUUGCAGCUGGCCGACGCGGGUGUCUUCAAUAGGAUCACCUUCGAGCAGCGCUUCGGCAUGCAGUGGCAGGAGUAGCUUUAGUAAACGCAGUUAACACGGGAUAUAUGUCACGGGAAACAGGAUAUGAGCACAGCCCCAGCACCAGGCACACGUAACCACAUUUGGAUGGAGCGAGGGAGAUAACAGGUGGUUCUACUGGGAACUAUCCUGGCUCCUACAUGCCUGAUAUUUGCCUUUUAUUUGUUAGCAGUUUAGUUUAAGGUUUAAUGGUUAUCAGAUCAUUUUUUGGUGUAAGUAUUUAGUAGAGGCUUAUUUUUAUGCAUUUUAUAACUUUAAAUUGCCUUAAAAUUUGUAGGUCAAGCGGAAAAUCAAUCUGUUUUAAGAUAUCUAAACACUAAAUAUGUUAUUCUUCUUGAAAAUCGAUGGUAAACCAAGGUAUUUAG